AUGUCAAUGUUACUUCGAUCCGCACCUCUUCGAGUCGCCCGAUCUCUCCCCAUCGCUAGAGGACAAGUCAGAUCAGUCCAUUUCGAGAAUGUCGUCGAUCACACUAUUCCAACCGACGUAAAAAACAAACCUUGGUUAGCCGCUAAGAUCAUCGUCUUCGCUACUCUCGGUUUCGGUACCCCCUUCUACGCUGCUAGAUGGCAAAUCAAGAAGUCCUCAGGUGGAGCAUAA